AUGUCUACUGACAGCCAAGAUCUAGUCCCCAUCACCCUUACCCACCAUGGCAAACCUCAUACUUUCUCCUUCCCCUCCGAUGCGACGAUAUCAAACCUCUCAGACGAAAUCGCCGACUCCCUCUCCGUUCCGCCCUCCAACCAGAAACUUAUGAUCUCCAAACUCGGCCUGCUUAAGCCCCCCUUCAAAGACCCCGGCCUCUCCAUCAGCUCGAUAGCAGACAAGAAGAUAACGCUUAUGGGCAGUACCGCCGUAGAAGCUUCCUCCAUCUCCGAAGCAUCAGAGCAUGCCUCAAGACGCGUAACAAGGCAGAGCAGGCCCAUGCAAAAAGUUUCCGCAUAUAAAACACACGAUUGGAAGAAAGAGCAGCAAGAAGCGCAGUACACAUUCACAACUCUCCGGCCUCUUCCUUACCUUCCCAACCCAUCAAAGUCGCUACAGUUUCUGCAAAGGUUGAAAGAUGAUGCUGGAAUCAAAGCGUCGAUGCGGAAACACAAGUUUACGGUCCCGCUCCUCACAGAGAUGAAUCCUAUCGAACACACCCAGUCGAACCACGAAGGCACAUCGCGCACGCUGGGCCUAAACCGCAACGCUGGAGAAGUGAUAGAACUGCGUUUGCGGACUGAUGCUUACGAUGGGUAUCGGGAUUACAAAACGAUACGCAAGACGCUGUGUCACGAGUUGGCGCAUAAUGUGCAUGGGCCUCACGAUAGGAAUUUCUGGGAUUUGUGCAAACAGAUUGAGAAGGAGGUUGAGGGCGCGGAUUGGAGGAGUGGCGGGCACGCCUUGGCAGAUGAGGAGUAUUAUGGCAGUGAGGAUGUGGAUGAUCAUGGGGGGUGGACGGGGGGUGAGUUUGUAUUGGGCGCGAGUGGCAGUGGUGGUGCGGCGAGUACGGGGAAUGUUGUUAGUGCGGGGUUGAGUAGGAGGGAGGUUCUGGCCAAGGCUGCAGAGGAGAGGAUGAAGAGGUUGAGGGAUCAGGGUGGUGAGAAUGCUGGGAGUGGUUCUGGAUGA